UGUAGUUUAAACUUACAAUCAAAAAGUAAUUUAAAUUAUACAUGAAUAAAUUAAAUAUAAACUUAUCGAGCUUAUAAACAUUGUGUAAAUUGUUUCAAUUACUUAAGGUUUUACAAAUCACAGGAAAAAUGUCAGAAUCUAACUCAUAUAAUUCAUAUUCAUCAAACAAUGAAGACAGUGAUCCUUGUUGUUCAACAAAUAUUGAUGUACAAUCUCAAGUUGAAUGUUUGGAAAACACAGAGGUAAUGACUGAUGAUUUUUCUCUUGUCGAUGUUCUGUUGAAGUUUAAAGCACAAGUGAAAGCUUUGGCUGAAAUAUUGAAUGGAUUAGACCAACAGUUGAGCUUAAAUAAAAGUCCAACCAAUGCUAAUACACACCAAGAAUUACUCAAAAUUAAAAAGAACAUUAUUAAUGACAUAACAUGUUUAUUAAAGGAAACUAGACCUCUUAAUUAUCCUAGUUUUCAAUCUUUGACUUCUGUGAAACUUUUAAAAUUAUAUGAAAAGGUUUCUGCAGAAAGUGUACUGUUACUGAAUAGUAUCAAACAUGAUGAUAAAAAUAUGAUUAAAAAUAUAGAUAGGUUUAAAGAGUUGUCAAUAUUUAUUAAGGACUUGCUACAGGAAAUUGAUAAUUAUACAACUCAAAAUACAAUAAAUGCAGAUAUAGAAGAAAAAGUUGCUCAAGAUUUUAAGGAAUGCAAAUCAGACAUGUACUUAUUAUUAUCUCAAUUAAGUCCUUCUUCUACACUAAAAGAAACUUUAAGCUUAUUAGUGGAGUUUAUGGAUCAAGAUUCCGAAGAUGCUUGGUUAGACAUUAAAAAUAUGCCACAUUUAACCAGUCAAUGUUUUGAACUUAAAUUACAAGGAUUUGUUGUGCAAAAUGAAAAAAAUAAAAAUCUAUUUAGACUAAAUAUUUAAAACUCAACUUUAGUUUAAAGAAAUAUUCCAAUUUU